GUUGAAGUGUUGUAUUUUGCAAAAAGUGCUGAAAUAGCAGGAAUUCGCUCAGAGACCAUUUCUGUGCCACAAGAAAUAAAAGCAUUGCAGCUGUGGAAUGAGAUAGAAACUCGCCAUCCUGGAUUGGCUGAUGUCAGAAAUCAGGUGAUACUUGCUGUUCGUCACGAAUAUGUCGAGCUUGGAGAUCAGCUCCUCCUGUUGCAAUCAGGAGAUGAAAUUGCCAUUAUCCCCCCCAUUAGUGGAGGGUAGUGCUUUCGUGCCACCUGGGAAAGAUAUGAAUGAAGUUGAAGAGAAAUCUAAAGAUAUAAUAAAGUUCACCUCUGAGAAACUUUCAAUAGAUGAAGCUUCACAGCUGGUGAUUUCUCCUGUCUGCGGUGCAGUAUCCCUAUUUGUAGGAACUACAAGGAAUAACUUUGAAGGCAAGAAAGUCAUUAGCUUAGAGUAUGAAGCAUACCUACCAAUGGCAGAAAAUGAAGUCAGAAAAAUUUGUAGUGACAUUAGGCAGAAAUGGCCAGUCAGACAUAUAGCAGUGUUCCAUCGACUUGGCUUAGUUCCAGUGUCAGAAGCUAGCAUUAUCAUUGCUGUGUCAUCAGCCCACAGGGCUGCAUCACUUGAAGCUGUGAGCUAUGCCAUUGAUAAUUUAAAAGCCAAGGUGCCCAUAUGGAAAAAGGAAAUGUAUGAAGAAUCACCAUCAUCUUGGAAAAGAAACAAAGAGUGCUUUUGGCCAACGAGUGACUCAACCACUUAGGUUUUUAGAGUCCUAAAAUUUAAACUUGGUGUAAACUCUUACCUUUAAUCAUGUUUUAAUUUUUUUCUCCAGAAGACAGGUUACUGAACAUAGUCUCUUACGUGACACUAGUGGAAAGAAAAUAAAUGAAUGUUUAGAUGAGGGCUUAUAUGGGAACUGGAGAUAGAAAAAAGAAAGGCUUUAGGGAGAAAAAUAGAAGAAUAACUUAAAUGUGAGAAAAGAUGCCUGUGGGAAGCAUAUUAUUCCAUGACUGAGUUGUCAUUUUAACUUGACUCACACUGAGUGAGGCCUCUCCUAGAUAUCUCUGAGGCUUGCCCCCAGCCUCUAUCCCUUCACCCAGUGAUGGCAUUCUUAUCAGGGAUGCCUUUGGGGAAUGGUGGCAAAACUGGAAGAUCUAAAGUCUCCUUAUCAGAUAUCCUUGAUAAUCAUAUAUUUUUAGAAUUUAUAUAUUUAAAAAAUAGGCUAUAUAAACAUGAUUUUAAAAGUUUAAAAGCAAUAUUUUCCUGUUUUUUAAAAUUCAGUGGUAAUGCCAAAGGUUUUUCAUGAUAUGGAGAUUUCUAGUAUUUCAGAGUCUAUAAUCUUACCAUAAUACUUAUAUUUUAUUAGUAUUAGUAUUAGAGCAAUAUAUAAAUUAGCAUAAAUUGUUGUAAAACAAGGCAGACGAGCAACAAAGGUGCUUUUUGUUAUAGUGUUAAUUAUAAAAUUGGGCCCACAACCAAUUAAAAAGGAAAAUUUUGUGAUUAUUUAGUAAAGCAUGUUCAGAUAAUUUUAAUUGCUUUAAGCAACAUUAUCAUUAGUGAAGUCAUUAAUAAAGUUAUAUUUUCUGCAAGA